UAAAUAUUCACUCAUGAGAUCUUUUCCACACACACACACAGUCACACAUCAAAACCUUAUCUUUCCCUUUGCUUUUUCUCAUCCAGCUCGUUAUCUCACCCUUAGGAGUUCUUAUCUCGAGGGCGGCUGUCCGCUCUCCUUCCCAGGGCCACCCCUCCCCGCUCAGGCCACAGAUUCACUAUACACAGACAUUUGAGUUUAACAGGCGUCUGCUUACCUUGUUAUUUAUGGCCGGCCUCUGUAGCCCGUCAGAGAGAGUGGUCCCGGUUCUGGAGGCAGUUCACACCGUCCCUACAGAGGUCCCUUCGUGGUCGCCAUUAAAUAUGUAGGAACUUAGAGCCCGUCUCCAAGUCGGUACAUAUCAGGGUGAAUUAUACUGAUAUACUUUAUAAUACUUUUAUACUAUAUAAUUGUUACUUAAACUUAAUUUACUGAUAGCACUAACAUUAAUACGAUUUAAACCAAUGGGAAAGCUCCUCAGACCUGGAUGAGAAUGAGCAAACUUCUUUAUUGUGGUCAAUCAGCUAACAAUUCUCUAAGAGAAAUUGCCAAUUUGAAAGUAACAAAAGAAAUCCCAAAAACCCAAGAAAAGAAAAAGCAUCUUCAUGAAGAGCAUCGGCAUGCAAAAACAAAAACCCUCAGGACGGUCCUGCAAAGUAACGGGAUUUUUUACGCAUACACAUUUGGUCCCAAAAAUUCUCCUCUAUAUAUACGCUUCCAAGCGCCUCCUUAUCGGUUCCCCUCCUCACAGACCCAUUUCAUAUCACCUUAUCCUUAUGUCUCAUAUGUUUUUGUAACGUCCUGUUCCUUACAAUCCCCUUGUUUUUCCUUCACCUUUUGCCCAUAUGCCCAUUUAUGGAUUUUCCUCCCCUUAGUUCCCCGGGGCCCAGGUCCGGAAGCCCAGGCCUGUAACCCUGGGUCUUCUUCGUUCGACAUAACAAUUAUAUCUAAACAACAAUUUUGUUAUUAAAAGUGUGCUCAAAAAAGAGCCUCACUCCCUGGUCGAAGUUACAUUUGCCUCUAAGUUUUUUCCAUGCCAGACGUCCUGAAGAUUAAUCCUUCAUUCAACUGCAAUGGACCCUACGCCUCAGCCAGCUCAUCCUGGUCGCCCCAUCAUGUCCUCACCUCACCAUCCUCGUCCGUCUCCCUACCCAAGGCCAGUGCCCGCAGAGCUAUCGCCGCUUCCAGCUACUUCAUAUCACCCAUGAGCUCAUUACGUGUCUGGAACAGUUCUAUUCUAUGGCCCUGAGUCCCCUGUUUACACUCUUUCUUCUCCUGUCUGAUGAGUUACUAUAAUAAAGAGUGCCUCUUUUAUUCACCCUCUGACUUCUGGUUAAUAAUAUAUAAUAUAAUAAUAAUAUAAUAUAAUAAUAUAAAUAUAUUCUCUUAAGGCUCCAGGAUUUUUCACAACACUUCCCCUACUUCCUGCCCUGCCACCUCUGGUGCUUUCGGGAGCAGUGGGUUCCAUGCCCGCUCCUCUUCCUUGCACAGAUCUGUACCCUGGGGUAGCACCAGGAGGGUUAGGUUUAGGGUUAGAGUUAUGUGCCAUGGCUUCAUACCCUUCUUAUGUGUGGAAAGACCCCGUUUUCUACUACAGUACGAGAGUUAAAUUUAAACACACUUCUAAAUAAAGCUGGUGCAGAACCAUUCAACCCACAGAGUUCUUUCUUCACGAUUUCAGGAACCCAGGUUAUAGGAGACAUGUUAUACAACUGCCAAGUUGGAGACACUAAAACACCAGCAUCUUUCCUGAAUGAUAUUUCACCUGUAUUGGGGAAUGUUCUGAUAUAUAUUCGUCUAGUUUUUAAGAAUUUGACCAAAGUACCUAGUGAGGCUGAUGUUCUCAAUGCUGCUAAUGCUCUGCUGGAUGCAAAGAUCAGAAGAGCACGAGAUCUUGUAACACAAAAACUGAGUGAUCCUGUGAGCAUACAGGACGUCACUUAUCAGAAAAUUGACAACAACUCAUACAUUAUAAGCUUUGGAUUCCAAAUCAGCAAUGUGACAAUCUCCAAGGACACUCAGCUGAGGAAUGGAACAUAUUCUUUAAUCCAAAACACCAUCAACAGCUUGUUGAACAAUAUUCUGAAUGUCAAAAAUGCUCCUGUAUUUGUCUUCCCUCAAGCAAACUACACAUUUAAUGGUACAGAAAUUGUGGCUAAUUCAGAAUACGUCUUUGUGGAAGGUGACACCAAGUGGACACCAAGUGGAUUUCUAUAUGCAGUACUCAACAUUAGCGGUCUGUCAACCCUCACUACUCCUGCUGCUCAAACAGACCCCACUGUACACGUAGUCCUGAGGCCCACAGUCCAAGCACAGAACACCACCACUGUUGGAAAUUCUGCAUGGAUCCUGGGCAUCAUUAUCCCCUGCAGUAUAGUCAUUAUUCUCAUACCCUGCUGGAUUCUACUCUGUUGUCUGCUCUGUGGCUGCUGUGCUGGUUUAAGGAGGCGCUACAACAGAAGACGGUCCUACAAUGUCCAAUAUGCAACAAGAAAUGGACUCUUUUAAAAACAGUUAAUGUGUAAAAUAAUGUCUUGUAUCAUUGGAAUUCAUUGGAAUCAAUUAUUUAUUUAAAUAUUUAUUUUUUUAUUUAUUCAUUUAUUUAUUAAUAUAUUUAUUGAAUUUCAAGCUGCAUGUAGGCUGCAUACUAUAAAGAAAAUAAUCGACAGAAUAUAAAUAUGUAUU